AUGGGUAGGGCCGCCGGUUCUUCACCGUCCUCCUCCUUCGAGAGCAGCAGCAACCACUACUUCGGCUCCGGCGCAGCUUCUUCUUCCAUGGAUUUCGGCACUGAUCUCAGACUCGGUCUCAGCAUUUCAGCCUCUCCACCUUACGCGAGGGAGCAGCAGCCGAUGUUAAGACAGGUGCUUGGUGAAGAAGAUGAGUGCAACAGUGCUACUUUAUUUGUUAAAGUUUACAUGGAAGGGAUUCCUAUUGGGAGAAAACUAAGUCCAAAUAAUAUAUGUCGAUGA